AUGCUUGGGAAAAGGAAAUACGGAAGUUUCUCGUCGCACGAAGAACGGACAAUUGAGCUGUCGAGUGUCAAAAGGUCUUCGCAGGCGUGUGACCGGUGCAGGCUGAAGAAGAUAAAGUGCGAUGGGGUCCGGCCCAGCUGCACGUCGUGCAAGAAGAUAGGGUACCAAUGCCGGACAAGUGAUAAACUAACGCGCAGGGGGUUCCCGCGUGGUUACACAGAGAUGCUGGAACAGGAAGUGAUCAAGCUGCAGCGGCUGUACAACUCGGUCAGGGGUUCUUCGGGGGGAGCCGUGCAGGCGGUGCAGGCCGCGCGUCCGCGGGACGACGGCGGUGGGAGUACUCGGGCGGACGCGGACACCGGUGCGGCGGACACAGACGCGGGGUUUGGGCACGGUUGUGAAGACAAAGCCGGAAAUAUAGGCGCAGUGGUGGAUGCAGAUCCGCGGCAGCCGCCGCAGCAUACGCAGCCGCUGCUGCCGCUGCCCUUUGUGAAUGAUAGUUUCUACUACUAUACCAACUACGCGGACGGAGAAACGUACCUAGGGAAUGCGGUGUGGCCGACUAUUGUGGGCGGGUGUAGGGACAAGAGUGUAAUUCCGUCGGAUGACGGGAGUCUUGUACAGUCUUUGGAACGGACGUUUCAGCUGGACAGCACCGGGGUGCCUGCGGCGCUAGCGCGGUUGUAUCACAACGAUAUUUCGUUGGCACGUGCGAACAUCAAGUCCAGGGUUUCUGCGUUUCUCAAGGAGUUUUCUUUGAUUCCGUUGUUGUACGGGAAUGAUUGGAAGGCGCGGUUGAAGAGUAUUGUGAGUGUUGGUGCUGGGAGGCGGGCCGGCGCGGGCGGCGGCGUGGGCGGCAGACAGCACGGUGGGGAGGAUCCCACGGCGAUGCUGGCGGUUGUUUACAUAAUCCAGUGGAAUUAUAGUCUGUUUAGUCCUGAGACGUUAUUUAACAUGACGAAGUUGGUUUGCACUUUGGCUGGGGAUAUGCUGUCAGGCAUGCAGGUGUUGUUGUUGGGUAGUUAUUAUUUUAUGUCGCUGCCCAGGCAGUUGACCACGCGGCAGAGUGGGUCGGUUGGGUGGACGAUGCAGUUGAUGAAUCUUGCGUUUUCGCAGGUUUUGUCGCAGGGACUUUAUGUGAACUAUAAGAAGCUGGUGCCUGUUGGUGGGGACGGUAAGGGCGGAGAUCGUAAAGCCUGCGGCGGAGGUGCUGAUGAGGGAGCCGUUGUGGGUGAGGAAGGCGAUGAGGGUGUGUAUGAGACGCGGUUGGUUGCGUUCUGGGUAUUUCAGUUUUUGAGCAGUCUUUGGUCGUUGUUGCAAGGGCUGCCGAAGACGAAUUUUCUUUCGGACGAGUUCCAGCCUCCGGGGAUAGCUAGUUUGGAAGUUGCUGCGCUGCGGCCGUUCCAGAUUCUUUUGGAGAAUAUGUUGCAGUUGGAUGGAUGCAACCUGCUUCAGGUUUUAGGGAUGCAGAACGCUCGCUACACGUAUGUGGUUGAGUCGUUUCGGCAUACUCUGAACCAUUGGAAGCUGUACCAUAAUUUUCGAGACCAUGAUUUGAACGAGAUAACGGUGGACAAUAACGAUCGGAUUGAGAUACAGUUGACGCUGUGCUAUUUGCUACCGCGAUGGUUGACGGAGCAAGGGUUUCCUGAAUCGCAUCACCUGUCUUCCGAGAUUUUGUCGUUAUAUUAUCUGUUGUUGGCGAACGAGCAGGGCUCUUCGGCUACGGUGACGCAACCUUCUGUUCUCAAGUUGAUUCAUUUUAUGCCGUGGGAUAAUUGGGAGCUGAUUAAGCGGUGUUUUCAGAAUCUUUCCAAGGUGGCCAGGGAUGUUGACAAGUACACUUUUGAAAAGUACCGCGACCUUAUCACCAAUUGGUCACACCUGUGGUAUGAAGAUGAUCCUACCUAUGAAGAGGUUAUGGAUAGGUACAAUAUCAAGGUGGGCGAUCGGUUUGGCAGACCUGUUACUUUGGUGCAGAUCAUCCAGAACGUGAGGAAUGGGGUUGUUGCGCAGGUCGCCUCUGCAAACAGACCAUUACUGAAGCCCUUUAGGUCGCCGUCCACUUUGUCUGCAGGCGACCCCUUCAAUAUGUUCUCCAAUAACACUCCGGUGGCAGAGAAUUCACCGUCACAGUGGUUCCUCAUGUCUGCCGGUCUUGACCUUGUUUCCAGCGAUCCGACGGCCGUCUCCGCGGCCUCCGCGGAGACAGCUACAGCUAUGGGUUCUGUGGGGACUCUACCUAAUGCUAUUGGGGCGUGUAGCUUUAGCACGGCAACCGCGGCCAUGGGCAACAAUGCCACUGCCAAUUAUGAGCCAUUCCCCUGUCUGGCUGAGGAUGACGACGGCUAUGUGGAGGAUGACGAAAGCGAGGAAGGGGAUGAUCGUGAUGAUGUGCUCAAUUUCAGCAGCGGCCCCAACCACCACACAUUGUUCAGCCACAGAGUCAACGCUCGUAAGUUGACCGGCAACAAUCACGUAAUAUUGGAAAAUAAGCAUCUUAUGAGAUCGAGAAAUAAAAGUGAGUCAGAAACAUGCGAUCCAAACGCUUCAACUCCGAUCAAGGACUCUGGAGUACCUCAACUUCAUUAUGAGUUGGUACCUGAUUCUCUCACUACCGAUGUUAAUGGAUGUAGAAGCCAUCAUACUCAUAAUCAGCAUCACAUUUUAGGUGGCGUUGAGAUAGGUGGCAAGAAUAAUAAUAAUAGCAGUAAUAGUAACGGGAUGCAAACCGGCACCGCUACCCCCAGAUCACUGGUGGAUUUGUUAAUACUACCCAUGGCGGUUGGGAAGAAAGGCUCUGGUGACGGGAUCACUACUCCAAAGGAUGAAGACUCGGUUUUAAGAAGUAACGCUUAG